CACCCGCGACGUGUCUGUAUAGAAGCGUCUCGCCGUGAAGCCUCCUCUGCGUCACGAGCAAGUGCACCGGGCGGUGAACGGCCGCGUUCGCCACUCGCUGUCCUUGCCGAGCUUUCAAAAAGGACGCCGGGAGACGAGAGGAAGCCGUCGUUUGCUUUUGCUUGCAGUCACAGGCGGGCGGAUUCCAAGAACCCAGCACAGCUGAGUCGCUCGCCAAGUCCGCGCCGCGGUGCGAGCGAGCGGGCGAGCCCCACAGCUAGCACCCUAUGGCGGCCGCAGCGCGCGCGAUCAUCUGCGAGCUGGCGCCGCAGAAGGCGGCGGGGGCGUCGGUGCCCACGCCGCCGCGGAAGCGCGACGGCGGGAAGAUCAUGCUGCAGCCUCGGCUGUGCACGCUCCGGUCGUACGGCGCCGGCAGCGGCGUGGUGACGCGGAGGAUCCUGACUGGGGAGGAGGAGGCUGGGGCCGGUGGCGCGGACUCGGGAGGCUCCUCCCCGUUCUUCGCGUCGCUCGCCGACUACAUCGAGAGCUCCCGCAAGAGCCAGGACUUCGAGACCAUCUCCGGCCGCCUCGCCAUGCUCGCAUUCGCGGCGGCCGUUGCGGUGGAGGUGACGACGGGCAGCUCGCUGUUCAAGAAGCUGGACAUGAUGGAGAUCGAGGAGGCGGCGGGUGUGUGCGUGGCCGUGGUGGCCUGCGCCGCCGCGUUCGCCUGGGCCUCCAGCGCGCGCAGCAGGAUCGGCCAGAUGUUCACGCUGGGUUGCAACGCCUUCGUCGACUCCCUAAUCGACAAUAUCGUCGAGGCCCUCUUCUCCGAGGGCGAGCUGCAGGACUGGUCCGACGAUGUAUAAGUACGCACAUAUAGAGACUAGAUAGACAGUAUAUGUAUAUAGAACUUAAUGAAAAGGAAACACAUGGAGGAUUUCCCCUCUGCGUCGAAAUAUGUAUAUAGAAUAAGUAUAGAUAGAUAAAGUUAAGUGAGAUCCAAACAUUUUGCAAGCUUCGUCGUCGCUGCACAAAGGCAAGGAUAUUGUUCUGAAUUCUUUCAGAGAUGGGUCCUGCAUCCCAGAUAGCCAGAUGUGGAUCAUACAGAGUUCCGAACAGCCGACAGCUCUUGCACGCGGUCUUGCAAGGGUGUUCUGUGAUCAGGGCUCUGCUGUCCGCGUAGGAACAUUUUGUGAACAAGCAGAAUGUCUUUCUGCAACCAGGCAGUCCUGCAAGGUUGUGAAAUGUUCAGAUCUCUUUAAAGAGAGAGUGUACUGGGGAGGAUCAGCCCCUUAAAUUGAUUGUACCUACUACAAGACCUACUGAACUUGUAACUAGAGACAGAAGCAUGUAAUCAGAACCAUGCAUUUUCCUGA